AUGGAUCCUCGACGAGCCAAGCUCAACAAGUUAUUCGAAUCGAUUAGCAGGGGUACACAGCAGCUAACCCCGAAGAACGGAACUCUCUUUCUGGAAGCCAUCUGCGCCCAGGAAGAUGCUGUUGCCACUCUUCACAAACUCAGCACCAGCAGCGAGGGAAAAUCUGCCCUACAAGCCGCGAUGCGAUUUAAUCUCUUACCAGCUUUUUUCAAUGGCCAGGCAACUGGCCUCCUUCAGUAUCUGCAAACGCCAGGACUUGCCGACAUAAACGGAGGGGAGUUCUUAAACGAUAUCCUUCUCAAGAUUGUAGAUCCACCCAUCUUCUGGGUCGCUUUCCGGAAAGCUUUCAUUGAUGAGAAACUCAAUGAUACAGCGCAAAAGUCAUUCCUAUGGCUUCUCGUGAAACUGGUUUCUAUUCCAGGCGAGAAAGGUGCUCUAUACCGUGAGCCUUCUCAGAUAUCUAUCAUUCUUCCCGGUCUACGUUCAUCAUCCAAGAAUGAACUUAGGACCGCAGGAUACAAGAUCGAGCAUAUGCUCGAUACAUAUGCACAACCAAAUCUUGAAUCCCUGGCUUUUGAUGCUGCCCCAGGAGGCAGACAUGACAACGAUUUCUCCGACUUCCGCAAGAUAUCCAUCCUUCCCACUCCAGACGAGAUUCAAUCAACAGAAAAUGCUUUUCUCAGGACGAGUGAUGUCCUUGAGGAUCCCGGAACAGAGUCCAAUCGAGUUCCCUUACACCUUGACAAUCAGUUUCGCCUUCUACGUGAGGACAUGAUUUACGAGUUGCGGGAUGAAAUACAGGUGGUGCAAGGGAAAAAGAAGGGCCAUCAUCGUGGCAUUAGGAUCAGUGGGCUUGAACUUGUGGGGAUCCAAUCUGGGCCUGAGGACAAGCCUACGAGAUGGGGUCUGUCCCUGAAAUGUCACAAAGAUCUGCCAGAGUUGAAAGCACAAAAAGAUCGUAAGAAAUAUCUUCUUGAGCAACGAAAUUUCUUUCGACACCAGUCAUCGGCAUGCCUCAUUGCCGGGGGAGAAAUCGUUGCAUUUCCUACCAUCGACCGCAAUGAGGAUCUCUUAGCCGCAAAUCCGCCCAUCAUCGUGGUCCAGCUUGAGGGUCGGGAGAGCACCGAGCUGGCUCUCCGUAAACUCAAGACAGAAAACGAUGUCGCGUUGAUUCAGAUCAAUACGGCCAUUUUUUCAUAUGAACCAAUUCUAAAGUAUCUUCAGCAGGCUUAUUCCAUUCCAUUGUCCGAUGAACUUCUUCUUUGGAAGGAGGGUAAUGUCAUGUCUCAGAUAUCGUGCCAAUCCGUACCCGUUGUUGAAGCCCUGAAGCGUAAUCCCAAGGUUGAUCUUCAGACCCUCUUAGAGACAAAUUCUACCAUCAAGCUUGACUCAUCCCAGGCUGCUUCGCUAUAUUCGGGUCUCACUCAGAAAGUUGCACUGGUUCAGGGACCUCCAGGCACGGGGAAAUCAUUUUUGGGAGCCCUUCUCGCUAAAGCAAUUUAUAAGUUCACCGAACAGACCAUCCUUGUCGUCUGUUAUACCAACCAUGCUUUAGACGACAUAUUGACUGGUCUGAUGGAUAUCGGCAUCCCCCAAACUAGCAUGGUUCGUUUGGGAGGAAAGUCGACAGCUCGAACCGAGCCACUGACUCUUCGGAAUAUACAGCAAACGCCUAGACCGCGACGUGAUCAGACGGAAUGGAUGGUCAUAGAUGGAUUGAAGUCCAUGCUCAAAAAACUACAAAGGCAACUGCAACAGGCGUUUGAACGUUAUAAAUCGGCACAUAUAAGUUAUCAAGAUUUGUUAGAUCAUCUUGAGUUCGAAGAAGAUUUGUUUUUUGAAGCCUUUCGUGUUCCGGAGUCUGAAGAUGGCCUGACUCAUGUUGGCAAGGGGGGUCGGGCCGUCAAAUCAGACUAUCUAAUUGACCGAUGGUGCAUGGGACUGGACGCCGGUAUUUUCAAAAACUCCUACCCCGAUGUUCAAGCUACACACGACAUUUGGUGUUUAUCGUACCAAGCUCGCCAGGAGUUGAUAACGAGAUGGAAGGAAAAGAUCUUUGGCGAAUCCAUCGCUGAAGUCUGCGUGAUCGCUCAAGAAUAUAACUCCUGCCAGGAAAGGCUUGCUCGAUCUUUCAGUGACAAGUUGGUCCAUACUUUACGCAGCAAGCGAGUCAUUGGUUGCACAACAACUGCUGCUGCAAAAUAUACCGAGGAUAUUCAAGCUGCUUCACCCGAUGUUCUUAUUGUCGAGGAGGCUGGUGAAAUUCUCGAAAGUCAUGUCCUUGCCGCACUCGGAAAGAAAACAUCGCAAUUGAUUCUGAUCGGAGACCACAAACAACUUCGUCCCAAAGUGAACAACUACGCGCUGACCGUCGAGAAAGGCGAUUCAUUUGAUCUCAAUAGGUCGUUAUUCGAGCGCUUGGUGCUUAAAGGUUACCCACACCAAACCCUUUCUGAGCAGCAUCGAAUGCGCCCUGAGAUUUCAUUCCUGAUCCGCAAUCUGACGUACCCUGAACUCAGAGAUGCGCCAAAAACGAAAGGUCGUCCGAACCUUGAUGGUGUGCAGGACAACAUUGUCUUUAUCGACCACGACCAUCCAGAGGAUGAGAAUCACCGGAUCUCUGACCGGCGAGAUAUGGCAUCUUCCUCUUCGAAGCAGAACUCACAUGAGGUGGCCAUGAUCUUGAAGAUUGUGCGAUAUCUAGCACAGCAAGGAUAUGGGACUGAUAAAAUUGUCAUCUUGACGCCUUAUUUAGGACAGCUUCAGAAGCUUCGUGAGGUGCUCAUGAAAGACAACGAUCCCAUUCUCAACGAUCUUGACUCUUACGAUCUUGUUCGCGCUGGCUUAAUUUCUGCUGCCACAGCGAAACUUGCUAAGAAACCCAUCCGGUUGUCAACAAUAGGCAAAGGUGCAUACUAUCUAACCAUGUUUGGACAAGAUAAUUACCAGGGUGAAGAAAGUGAUAUCGUCAUUGUUUCGCUUACGAGAAGUAAUGCCAAUCAUGACAUUGGUUUUAUGUUCUCCCCUGAGCGUCUCAAUGUCCUCCUCUCUCGAGCCCGCAAUGCCUUGAUCAUGAUUGGAAACUCCCAUACUUUCAAAAAAUCUCGAAAGGGCGGUGAAUUGUGGGGAAAGCUCUUCGAAUUACUCGGGCAAGGAAAGCAUGUUUAUUCCGGACUCCCUGUCGUUUGCCAAAGACACCCGGAUCGAAAGAAUAAUCUAUCUCAGCCAACUGACUUCGACGAAGUAUGUCCAGAUGGAGGGUGCAACAUUCCUUGUGAUACAAAGCUCGGUUGCGGGACUCACCGUUGCCCAUCAAAAUGUCAUCAGCUCUAUGAUCACAGCAAAAUGUUGUGCGAGGAAAACAUGUCUUGUUUAUGUGACCUGAGGGGACACAAACAAUCGUUCAAGUGUCAUCAAGGGCCACCAAAAUCCUGCAGAAAAUGCGAUCAGAUCGAAAAGGCAGAUAAGAAAAAGCGACAGGAAGAGUAUGAAGCUCAACAACGAAGGGACUCAGAACUGCAAGAACACCUUCGAGAAUUGGCCGAAAUUGAUGCGGAAAUUGCCCGGGAAGUCGAAGCCAGGCAAGCGACUCGUCUGGCGAGAGACCGAGCUGAUGCUUUGAGGCAAAGGCGGAUGGAUUUGGAGUCCAUUCGUCAACAAGCCCUGAUUCAAGCAGACCCUAUCUCGAAUUCCAGCGGCCCAGCAAACCCCCCCACAUCACCCUCUAACUCGGAUUUUCUGACGGAUUCACCAUCUAGAAAUGAGUGGCAGCGCCAGAAGGACAUGGAGGGUGCCAACAAUGACGGGAUUGAUUCCAUUAUGGAGAUGGUUGGGCUUGAAGACGUAAAGAAGCAAGUCUUAGAGAUCAAGGCCAAGGUUGAUAUCUCGAUUCGCCAAGGUGCAUCUAUUGCAUCUGAGAGAUUCAAUGUUGUUCUGCUUGGAAAUCCUGGGACAGGGAAGACAACAAUUGCGAGACAGUACGCAAAAUUCUUAGUGACGGUCGGAGCCCUCCCUGGGCCCUCCUUCAUCGAGACAACGGGAUCGCGGCUUGCGAACGAGGGCGUGGAUGGUAUCAAAAAGCAGAUCGAAGACCUGCUUAAAGUAGGUGGUGGUGCAAUCUUUGUGGACGAAGCGUACCAAUUGGCAAGCACACACAAUCAUGGGGGUCCCGUACUGGAUUUUUUACUGGCUGAAAUGGAGAACAACAUUGGUUCGAUAGUCUUCAUGUUCGCGGGCUACAACAAAGAGAUGGAAGCAUUCUUUGAACACAAUCCGGGUUUGAAGAGCCGUGUACCUUAUAGGCUACAGUUCUCAGAUUAUGAAGACCACGAAUUGAUGACCAUUCUGGAGGGUUUGAUAUUCAAGGCUUUCCGGGGUCGCAUGAAAGUGCAGGACGGGAUUCGAGGGCUUUACGGGCGCAUUGCCAUUCGGCGUUUGGGAAGACGUCGGGGACGAAAUGGUUUCGGAAAUGCGCGUGACCUCCAAACUGCCUUCGCUGCGGUUCGGGGACGACAGGCAUCUAGAAUCGAGAAGGAGCGAGCAGAGGGAAAAACUCCAGAUGAUUUUCUGCUCGUCGCCCAGGAUCUCAUAGGGCCAGACCCAUCCAAGGCAAUUUUACAAAGCGAGGCAUGGUCGAAACUUCAAUCACUUAUUGGGCUCAAGGCUGUCAAAGAGUCAAUCACCAGUUUAAUCCAUGCCAUUGAGGAGAACUUCCAGCGCGAAUUGCAGGAGAAGGAACCUCUGACGUUUUCCCUCAAUCGGGUCUUCCUUGGUUCACCUGGGACUGGCAAGACAACCGUUGCCAAACUUUACGGCAAGGUCCUCGCUGACCUGGGACUACUUAGCAACGGAGAAGUUGUCUUGAAAACUCCCGCUGAUUUCAUUGGCGCAUAUCUCGGAGAAUCUGAAAAGAAGACAAAGAACAUCCUGACGAACUCAAUCGGGAAAGUCCUCAUCAUUGAUGAGGCAUACAUGUUGUACGGGGGAGGAGGGAAUAGCGCUGGGAAUCAGUCUAAUCAGUUCAAGACAACCGUUAUUGACACCAUCGUGGCCGAGGUACAAAGUGUGCCAGGAGAUGAUCAAUGUGUACUUUUGUUGGGCUAUAAGGACCAGAUGGUUGAAAUGUUCCAAAAUGUUAAUGAAGGUCUGGCGAGAAGGUUCAGGAUAGAGGACCCCUUCAACUUCGAGGAUUUCAGUACCUCUGAGCUAAUGGACAUUCUCAAUAAGAAACUGAAGGAACAGGAUCUCGGGGCAACUGAUGCAGCCAAGAAAAUUGUGAUAGAACAAUUGAAUCGUUCUCGGAAUCGGCCCAACUUUGGCAAUGCGGGCGAGGUGGAAAACAUGAUAGGUGCUGCUAAAGUACGAUCUGUUGCGCGCCGAGCAGCUAUUCCUCUGCCACAAAGGCCGAUACACAUUAUCUUCGAGCCACAGGAUUUCUGUCCUGAUUUUGACCGAAGCGCGAAUGCGUCUAGUAACCUUGCAAAGCUUUUUGAAGACAUUGUUGGCUGCCAGGACAUCAUUUCGCGUUUGGGCGAAUACCAGCAGAUUGCUGUCGUCUCCAAGGCUAGAGGCGUUGACCCGCGGGAACAGAUCCCCACAAACUUUGUCUUCAUUGGACCACCAGGAACUGGGAAAACAACGAUAGCUCGGAAAAUGGGCCAAGUUUACUAUGAUAUGGGCAUUCUUGCAUCGGCAGAAGUAAUCGAAUGCUCAGCCUCCGACCUCGUUGGGGAAUAUGUGGGACACACUGGCCCAAAAACCAAGAAGCUGUUUGAAAAGGCCCUUGGAAAGGUUCUAUUCAUUGACGAGGCCUAUAGACUAGGAGAAGGCCGGUUUGCUCAAGAAGCCGUUGAUGAAUUGGUCGGUCUUCUUACGCACGAAUCAUUCAAAUCCAAGGUCAUCGUCAUUCUUGCUGGCUAUGAAGGGGAUAUGAAACAAUUGAUGUCGGUUAACACUGGACUUGCCAGUCGAUUCCCAGACUGGAUCCCGUUCUCCAAUAUGGACCCUGAUCAUUGUUUGAAUGUCGUCCUGAAGGAGCUUCGUCGCAAAGGAGUCAAAGCAGAUGAACUGCUCGACCAAUCUAGUGAUGUAUACCGAGAUAUGACUGCGACCAUCACGGAGUUAUCUCAGCUCCCAGAUUGGGGCAACGCACGGGACAUGAUGAACUUGGCUAAAGAACUGAUCAGCCUGGCCUUUUUGACCAACGACGAGAAACAAGACUCGUUGAGUUUGAGUGGGAAUCAGAUUGUAGCGUGCACCAAGAAAAUGCUGGCGGAUAAACAGGCACGGUCCAACAUCCGUCCCAAGAGCCGCCAUACUCUCCCAGCAAUGCCGGAGCAGGAUCUCGCGCCCUCCGCUCAACCACCCCCGCCUAUUCAAACUGCUCAGAAUGCAAAGAAGGCAGCAUCCCCGGCUGCUCCCCCGCCGAAGCCUCCCCCGCCUAAGCCUUCAAAUCUUCGUCAUAACAUUCAGCGGGACCCUGGUGUUAGUGAUGAUGUUUGGCGUGAGUUACAAGAUGCCAAGCAGCUAAUAGAGGCACAGGAGAAAAGAACGCAGGAAACGAUCAAAAGGUUACAAAGGGAGAUUGAGAAAGAGGCGAAACGUGAACGAGAGCAGAAACCUCGAGAAAAAGCAGCAGCAGAUUUGAGAGCGAAACAGCAAGAGCAACAAAGACUACAAGCACAAGAAGCAAAGGCUCAGAGAAAGUUGCGUGAGAUGGGAGUUUGUGUUGCAGGCUUUCAGUGGCACAAGAUUGGGAACUCUGGAUAUCGUUGUGCAGGUGGUUCACAUUACGUUUCCAGUGCACAACUAGGAUUAUAAUUAGAUCUGUAGAUUAUCUUGGGAUUUACUGAAAUAAAUGUUCACACGAAUACUCUGGUCC